GAGAAAUGGUUUAGUCUAUUUACCCUCGGAGUGAGCUGAGGGAACGAAGCACUUUAAAAGAAACAAGGGACGACAGUUCAUAUAGGGUCUGCACUAUUUUUGGUGCUACUCUUCUAUUCCAGGCACUUGAAUGAGAUCUGACCCACGAUGCCUUUACACGGUGAGCGACCUGCCUCCUCAUCUAGUGGUGACGACCAAGGCAAUGAUGGGGAAUCGCUUGAGAGCCGCGAAAGCUUGUCGUCAACGGGUGACCAGGACAGCUGCAGAGAAAGCUUCUCCAGUGACUGCUCCAGCAAGAACGGCACGCCAGCAUCAAGUGCAAGUAAAACCGUUUCUCUAGAUGAAGUCAUGGAGUCUGCCAAGCAACUGUCCGACCUCAGCUUCGUCCAUGAGGUUAUUGUGAAUCCCAACUUUCGCAUGGAGCCAGUCACACUGCCAAAGAACAAUUUAUGGAUGAUGGUUAAAGAAAACAUGCACAAGGCUUUCUGGGACCUUCUGGAGACCGAGCUGAACGAAGACCCUCCUGAGUACGAGCAAGCCAUCAAACUAUUGGAGGAGAUCAGAGAGAUCUUACUGUCUUUCCUGAAUCCGGGUACCAAUCGGAUGCGGACCCAGAUCAUGGAGGUGCUGGACAUGGACCUGAUUCGUCAGCAGGCUGACAAUGACGCUGUAGACAUCGAGGGACUCGCCUCUUACAUCAUCACGACCAUGUGCAAACUUUGUGUCCCAUUUCGGGAAGAGGAAAUCCAAAAGCUGCGCGAAAACACAGAUAACAUGGUCACGCUUUUCAAGGAGAUCUUCCGUGUGCUGGAUCUGAUGAAGGCAGACAUGGUGAAUUCUGAUAUCGAUGUUCUGAGGUCUUUGCUGAUGAGGUACGGUGUCGAGUACGAGAGGGAGAAAUUCCAAAGCGCCUUGAAUAAAACACCCAUUGUUUUGGACACCACCACCUCUUGGAUCAAGUCUUCCUUUGAAGAACUGCUGUCGGCUCCCGUCCCCAACGGUCAAACUGAUGACAGGGGGAAAGAGCAGCGACCUGUGCCGGGCCCCUUCCAGAUCCUCAACACCGCCUUCCUUCGCAUCCUCACAUGGGAUUACAAAAAUAGCCCCCUGCCUGAGACCUUGAUGAACGAUGAGUUGCGCCUGCAAGAGAUUCAUUGGCAACUCCAGCAUUGCCAGACGGUGAACGCCGUGCUGCUGAUUGUCUACAGCACUGUUGGUGGACCAAUCCAGGGCCUGUCCUCCCUGUCUGACCGUCUGAAGAGAACAACCAGCGUGCUGCUGGAUGGGAUGCACAAGCCGGACUUUAACCUGGAGGAGGCGCUAGAGAACACCAGUGCCCAGAUCUGCUCCGAGCUCAACAAGUCUCUGACGGAGAGAAACUAUCCCGCGCUGACCCCAGAGCUGCAGGCUACCCUCACAGGCCAGAUCCGCAGCAUCACCCAGAAGGAUAAUCCCAUCCGUACUGUCGUUGAGGAUCGUGUGCAGCAGUACUUCAUGGCUCUCCUCAGCGACCCCAAGACCCAAGCCAGACUGGAAGAGAUCCCUCCUGGCCUGACUGCCAUCAAACCUGAACUGGCAUCAGUUGGAGCAAAAUUCAUCUCCUUGAUCAACUACAACAAGAUCGUCUACGGGCCCUUCUACACGGACAUUAUCAGAAAGCUGUUGUUCGGCCCACCGGAAGCCAACUGUGGUCAGGGCGCCGCUCAGGUUUCUGUCCCGUCCACUUCAAACUGAAAUGUGUCAUAAGCAAAAAUACUUGAAGUGAUUGAUGUAC